AUGUCAGAAGAGCUGUCCCCACUCAAACUUUCACGUGACCUUGCAUAUGACCUAGGGUUUUUUUUGCAUCGGCUCUUUGGCCCCACCAACUUCGCGCAGACUCGCUCGGCUGUACGAAUCUUCACCAUCGCCAGCGUCACAAAAUCAGUCAAGAUGCAGAUUUUCGUGAAGACCCUGACGGGCAAGACCAUUACCCUUGAGGUCGAGUCCUCCGAUACGAUCGACAAUGUCAAGUCCAAGAUCCAGGAUAAGGAGGGUAUUCCCCCGGACCAGCAGCGAUUGAUCUUUGCUGGCAAACAGCUCGAGGAUGGCCGAACUUUGUCCGACUACAACAUCCAGAAGGAGUCCACCCUGCACUUGGUCCUCCGUCUCCGUGGUGGUAUCAUUGAGCCCUCGCUGAAGGCUCUGGCCUCCAAGUUCAACUGUGACAAGAUGAUUUGCCGCAAGUGCUACGCUCGCCUCCCUCCCCGCGCCACCAACUGCCGCAAGCGAAAGUGUGGUCACACCAACCAGCUCCGACCCAAGAAGAAGCUCAAGUAA